UGAAAGACUUCAGGCACGGGACAGCCUUAAUGGAAGAGUUUUGGGGGUGUUUGGUUGGGUUUCCCCGGUGUACAGAGCUUGUCAGCGGGCCUGUCCUCAGGAUGGUGCGGGGUUUCAGCAGCUGGAUCUGAGAGAGGCUGGGCUCACAUCUGUGGAUACUCUGUCUCUUGUCCGGCUAUGAGUCCGCUGUCUGGGCUCCCCUCACCCUGACCAGACUCACACUGCAGCGGCUGCUUAUCACUCACCUCCUCUGACACCUGCCGGCCCGCCACUCACAGAAAACCCUUCCCGAGGCUGGCUUCACUGACGGGAUCGGAUCGCCAAGUCUCGCAGGUUUCUAAACCAAAGUCUUUGUAAUGGAGCAGCCAAAUUAUGCCAAGCAGCUUCUGAUGCAGCUGAACCAGCAGCGAUGCAAAGGAUACCUGUGUGAUGUGAUCAUCAUGGUGGACAACGCUCUCUUCCGGGCCCACAAGAACAUCCUGGCAGCCAGCAGCAGCUACUUUAAAUCCCUGGUGCUCCAUGAUAACCUCAUCAACUUGGACACAGACAUGGUGAAGCCCUCUGCGUUCAGACAGGUAUUAGACUUCAUCUACACAGGCCAGCUGCCUCACUCCUAUCAUGUUAAUGAUCAGGAUGUGUCUGCCCUCCUCACAGCUGCAUCCUACCUCCAGCUGUCAGACCUAGCAGCUCUCUGUCGCAGGACACUCAAAUCCUCCAGCUCAAAUAAGACACCGUCCUCCACCGCGACUUCUCUAACACUUUAUGGGCAUUUGUUCUACCCCCGUCGCCCCUCCUGCGCUCCCCUCAGACUCAGCGACAAUCACCACUCCAAGGACGUAGCCAGGAGUCAUAAGCAGAUACAGAAUGGGCACCAAAGGGAGGAUCUCUCUGAGGAGGAGCUGUAUUUUGCACAGUAUCUGUCUCUUAACCCAUCUCCAGUGGUUAAAAUCAAUAACAGUACUGAAAUGGGGCUCGACCUCAGCCUGCAGCUGACUACAAAGAGUCCAACAGGCAGUACAGCCACAGAGGAAAUUAGUCCCAGCAGCCUACAGCAGGGCUCGCCACAGUCUGGCACCCACUCCACCAGCAACAGCACCUCGUCUGACGAUAUACCGUCCAACUCCACCUCAGCUGUCUGUAAUCAAAGACCCAAGCAAGGGGAUGUGCAGCAGCACCCAAAGGUGGCCACAGAUUCCCAGCAAAGCACAGGUCGCAAGAGGCCCAGAAGCAGCAGCGAGAGCUCUUUGGAAACCAUGGACAAAGUGCAAGGUAAGAGUCAGGGAGUGGCAAGUGGAGAGCUGGACCAUGGAGAGGAGAGGGUGCCAUCGGAGCUGGAGGACCAAGAGGAGAUUAGAGAGGCAGAGUUAACAUUAGAGAAUGACCUGGAGAACAGUGAGAAAAGCAUCCAGAGUGAGAACGAGGAGGAGCCAACGAAUGGAAACAAGAACGCCAGCUACAUCUAUCAGCCGCAGCCUGGGUUUGAACCAGCUUUAGACGACUACCUGUACGUAUGCAUCCCUUGUAAGAGAGCCUUCCCGACCUCAGAGGAGCUUAACACGCAUGUAGAAUCACACACCGCAGAGGAGCUCAACAUCAAAGUUAGGGAUGUGGAGGAAAGAGGUUCCAUCAAGGAUGAAGAUCAAGACCAAGAGAAUCCAUCCAAGGAAUCACACUCCAUGAAGGGAGAAACAACAUCAGACCAAAUGCUGCCUUGCCACGUCUGUUCCAUCUGCAACAAGGGCUACAUGGACGUGGCUCUGCUGAGGCAGCAUGAGAAGAGCCACUGGCUGACCAGGCCGUUCCCCUGCAACAUCUGUGGGCGGCUGUUCACCCAGAGAGGCACCAUGACGCGGCACAUGCGCGGCCACCUCGGUCUCAAGCCUUUUGCGUGCGAGGAGUGCGGCAUGCGCUUCACGCGGCACUACCGUCUGACAGAGCACAUGCGGGUUCACACAGGAGAGAAACCAUACGGAUGUCAGCUGUGCGGGAGGAAGUUCACGCAGCAACGCAACCUCAUCAGCCAUUUCAGAAUGCACACGUUGCCUUCAUGACCACACACCUGGGUGAUCUGCUAUUGUCUCAUUUUCAGACUUAGCUUUAUCUCAGUUGUUUAGUGGGCAGGCAUCUAGAGACACACAUAUCUAAGCAGCAUAUGCGUAUCUAAAUACAUAAAUUCCUCUGACAUAAAUAAACCAUACCUCAUCCAUACAGACACAAUGCAUCCUAUGUUGUGGACCUUACACGGAUAUGCAAUGUAGUGUAUAUAUAAUGAAUUAUGAGCCAAUGUAGUACCAACAGACAUUUCUUAAGGUAAACAACAUAUAUUUAGGUAUAUAUUUAUGUCUUUGACCCAGUGUGUACAAACACGCACAUCCUUUCUUAGGUAAAGCCAAAGUAUUUUUAUCAGAAGAUCUUUUCACAAAGAUUAAAUUAACGUCUCUUUCUGACUGCCGUGCCAUAACAAAUUUAAAGACCCUGUGUGAUUAUCUAAUGUGUGGAGCAAUGACUGACUACAUAUCAGGGUCUGCACGCUUAUGUGCCAGUCUAAUUCCAAAACUUUUCAAUGAGAUUUCCACAACCACAUAUCAAAUUUCCACUAUUUCAUCUCUGUAGUGUAAUGAGAAAUGUUUACAACAUGAAGGUUGAAUCGCGAGACAAAUUUUAAAAAAAAAUGUCUCACAGCAACCGCCACGUCUCAGGAACAAUAUAAGUGAUGAUUUUGACAAAGUAAAAAUAAAUAACCUUAAUUGCUCUUUAUGAAGAAUUUCCUCAACAUUUCCACAUCUUUAGGGAUAUUUUGCCACUUUCCAAAGGCCUGGAAAGCACAUUUUCAAAUUCCAUAAGUUUUCCAGGAUUUCCAUGACCAUAGAAACUCUGAUAUAUGGAUGUAAAUAAAUGUCCAAACAUGCAGUCAUGUCAUCAGUGGAGAAUUAAAGCAGUGGGUAGUAGUGCAGACUAACCUUUUGGGUGUACUGUUUGCCACCAAACUUUUCCUCAGGGUUUUUGGACGAAGAUAAGAUAACACUGUGACAGUUUCUCCUAGUUUCUCGGUACACACUGUAUGUAUCCCAAAUGAACAAACUGCAUGCACAAAGUUAUUAUGGUGAAUCUUCAAAUGUCAAGGUAAAAACAAACAACCAUUCUCAGCAUUGUAACCAAAGUGCUAUGGAACAGAUGUAUAGGCGUUACAGUAAGAAUUCACAGAAUACACUCAGGUCACUCACACAGACGACCGCUGAAUGUAUUGAUGUUUCUUUUUUUUUUUUAACACAGGUUAAAGAUUCAUUAUCAUGGACUCUGGAGUGUUUUUAUGCCUGUUAAUGUCCGAUAAUGGACACAUGAUGCUGAAGGCUGUCAUUCAUUUAUCCAUCCAUCCAUAACUCCAAAACUCUCAUUCCAUUGCAUUUGUAAAAUAUAUUGAAAGAUCAUUCUGUCUCAGUGAUUUCAUGUAUAUAUAUUUUUUUCAAGUUUGAAAGUGUAAAAUGCAUUUCAAGAUAUUGGUUACCCCUGCUCACAUAGUUUAUAUCAUAUCUUGUAUACUGAGUGAGAUUUUUUGUGGCUAUCUUGCCUCUUGAAAACCUCACUUUGACCUGUUGUUCCCACAUAAUGUCAUUCGACAUGCAUUGCAGAUACAGUCCACAUAAGCAUGCUUGUUGUUUUUCAUGUUAAAGUGGAAUCAGAUGAUGGAUUUGCUUCAGUUUUCAAGCACAACCGAAGCAAAUUCAUCAAGCUGGAAGCUUCAGUUUCAGUUUUUGAGAAAAGAUGCAAGCAGAUCAAAAUACAGGUUUUGCACUAGCGUUACUAUAACUUCACCGAUAAACAAAGUAAUAUUUCAGUUCACUUGUCAAAAUGCCAGCAUUGAUCCAUCAAAAGUAAAAUACUAGAAUGCUUCAUAAUUCCUGUUUAAGAGCAAAGAGAAUCUAACUUGUUUAAAAGUGAAACACCAGUGCCAGCAGUUUGAAUGCAUUUUAACAUUCACAUGUCUAUUGAGUGUCCAUGUGCAUGUUGUCAUCAUCAUCAUCAUCAUCAUCCUCAUCAAUCUAUUAUUUAAUUUUGGUGAAAACAUUGAGGAAAAGACCCUCUGCCGCUGCCUAGAUUUAAUUGGCCUUUAUUUGCGAGUGUCAAAAUGUGGGCCUGCUUUGAGACAAACAGUGGUUUGAAAACAACAAAUGUUCCUUAAAUUUUAGCAGCAGGUUUUGCUGUGUCAGCCAAAUAUUUCUCAAAUAUGAAUGAAAAGAAUCAAUGCUUAUAUUAUGCUUAUACAUAUAUUUUUUUUUCUUUUUGGUAUGAUUUGUACAGUGGCCCAAACAUGUUGAAUGCAAGUAGUUUGAAAGCCUAAUGACCAUUGUGCCAUACCAUAAUCAUGUGGUUUGUUUUUUGCUAUGUGUAUACACUGCUAUAGCCCAUUAAGAAUAUAGUUUCUAAGCUUUUCAUUAAAAAAAAAAAAAAAAAAAAAAAGAGAGCCAUGGCA